AUGGAGAAGUUGAAGGAGAAAUUCGGGCACGAGAUGGUUCAUUUAGAGAGUGCGCUCAAGGACUCUCAUCUACACGAUGCCAAAGCCAAAGCGCAUCACCUCAAGCACAAGGUUGGAAAGUUCUUCAACAUCGUCAAUCCGAACCACCGCCAUGACGAGGAGCACGAGCAAGAAACAGACAGAAAGAGAACUGCGAUCGCUGAAUCUCAUCGAUUCGAAUCGUUUGCCCCGAUCCGUGAAGGUAACAGGGUGAAGUGGUACGUUGACGCUCUCGACUAUAUGUGGGCCGUCUCUAUCGCACUGGAAGAGGCCAAGGAGGUGAUCUAUAUCGAGGAUUGGUGGCUGUCCCCAGAACUGUUCCUGCGGAGACCUCCAUAUCAGGCACAAGAAUGGCGAUUGGAUCAGGUACUCAAGCGGCGGGCUGAAGCUGGUGUUAAGAUUUAUGUGAUAGUUUAUAAGGAGGUCAAUCAAGCUUUGACAUGUAAUUCAGCGCAUACGAAACAUGCGUUGCAGAGCCUUUGUCCUGAGGGAAGCCCUGGUCACGGAAAUAUCAAAGUCUUACGGCAUCCAGAUCACAACAUCUUCGAGAACGCAGCAGACAUGACAUUAUACUGGGCACACCACGAGAAAUUCAUCGUUGUUGACUACGCCCUGGCCUUCAUCGGCGGCAUCGAUCUCUGCUUUGGUCGCUGGGAUGCUCACCAACACCCCCUCGCCGACGUUCACCCAUCGAAUUUGAAAAACGAGAUUUUCCCAGGCCAAGAUUUUAACAAUAACCGCAUCAUGGAUUUCCAGAGCGUUGCGGAAUGGCAGUCAAACGAGGUCAGCAAAGCGGAGUUUGGUCGAAUGCCAUGGCACGAUGUUGCCAUGGGCUUGGUCGGCGAUUGCGUCUACGAUAUUGCAGAGCACUUUGUUCUCCGAUGGAACUUCAUCAAGCGGGAUAAGUACAAGCGCGACUACAGCGUUGAUUGGCUAAUCUUAGAAGGCCGCACCGACGAGCAUGAGGACCUUGUUGGCGUUCAACGACCGAAGUACCCUUGCGGCGAAUAUGUGCAGCAUCCCUUCACCCCAUUAGACACCAAACCACGUGGGAUGCAGGGUACCGUACAAGGACAGAUCGUUCGCAGCAGCGCGGACUGGAGUAGUGGAAUCUUGGUGGAGCAUAGCAUCCAAAAUGCGUACUGCGAAAUCAUUCGCAAUGCUCAACAUUUGGUGUACAUUGAGAACCAAUUUUUCAUCACUGCCACCGGAGAUCAGCAGAAACCCAUCAUUAAUACCAUCGGACGUGCUAUUGUUGAUGCAUGCGUUAGAGCUGGCAAAGAGGGACGAAAGUUCAGAGUGAUUAUCGUCAUCCCAGCCAUUCCAGGCUUUGCUGGAGACCUUCGAAAAAGCGCAGCUACCGGUACACGUGCAAUCAUGGAUUACCAGUAUAAGUCUAUUCUUCGCGGAGAGCAUUCGAUCUUCGGCCAAAUUUCUGCACAAGGAGUUGAUCCAAGGGAGCACAUAUUCCUCUUUAAUUUGCGGGCCUACGAUCGUAUUAACAAAACCCCUGCCCUCGAAGAACUCGAAAAUGAAGCAGGAGUGACCUACCACGACAUCCAGCGCGGUAUCGCCGAGGCGAUCAUGAGCGACAGUGUGCACCCAAUGAUCGGCACGGAAGGCGACAAGAAUGAAGUCAGUUAUGACAAUGCGGAGAAAGAGAAAGAAGAACGGAUCGCACGGUUGCGCAAAUACGAGGAGAGCCAGGGACAUCAUACCGCAGAGCAAUUCAAGAGCAAGGACACCGUCGCCCACUGCACCAUGCUGAACGGCGGCAAGAUGUCCGAUGAGCUCUGGGAAGGCGAGGAGGAGAAUGAAAAGGUAAACUUCGUCCAGGAGGAGCUCUACGUGCACGGCAAGGUGUGCAUCGUGGACGACCGGAUUGCCAUCUGUGGCAGUGCCAAUAUCAACGAUCGAUCACAACUUGGCUACCACGACAGCGAACUAGCCAUCGUCGUCGAAGACCAGGACUUGAUCGACAGCACGAUGGACGGGAAACCCUUCCGCGCCGGCCGUCUAGCCGCUACAUUACGACGACAGCUAUGGCGCGAACAUCUCGGUCUUCUCCCCGCACAAGAUUACGACGCAUCGCAGCAUCCCAACGCGCAGCCGCCCAACGUCUGCCUCAACGAGAUCCUCGAAGGUCCUGAGAACGAUUUUGUUGUAGACCCCCUCAACGACGAGCUCUGGAAGCUGUGGACAGAGCAGGCUACCACCAACACCGAGGUCUACCGGAUGCUCUUCCGCGCGGACCCAGACGACAACAUCCGCACGUUCGACGACUACGAUAACUUCCGCCCGCGCGGCAACAUCAAGGAGGGUCACCUGUUCGACCCGUACCAGCCCGUCAAGGAAGUUCGCGAGAAACUCGACCGCAUCAAAGGCCAUCUUGUCUGGAUGCCGCUGGACUUCCUGAAGGACGCGGAGAUGGCGGAGCCCGGGCUGGCUGUGAACCAGAUCACGGAGGUGAGUGCCCAGUCUGCUCCCUUGUUUCGAUCGGGUACUGGUACUGACUGA